UUAUCAGAUUACUGCAAUCUAAUCUUUUUACAACAUAUAAUUGACAGCAGCGGCGGGAGACGGUCGUCCGCCAUGUUGGAGUAGAUUAAAAAACAUUAUGGCAAAACAAGUCAGUUAUGUGCCGUUUUUGCGGCAGUGCUUCCUCACCGCCAGCGUGGCUAUCAAUAUCGUGGGUCAUGGCAGCGUGAUUGGUUUCUCAGCCAUCCUUAUACCAAGUCUCCGCCGACCCGACUCGCACGUAAAGGCCACACCCAGCCAAGAAUCAUGGAUCGCGGCCAUCAUCGGCUUCGCGUUAAUUGCGGGCAACUUCAUCAUCACUCCGUUAAUGGACACUUUAGGCAGAAAGAAAUGCCAUUUGAUGACCAUUCUGCCGGUCCUGACUGGCUGGUUCUUACUGUUGUUGGUGAACAACGUAGCUGGAAUCAUUACCGCGAGAUUUCUACAAGGAAUAGCGAUGGGCAUGCUCGGACCCCUGGGAUCUAUCAUCAUCGGAGAAAUGACGGACCCCAAGAAUAGGGGAGCCUUUUUAACGAGCGUCUCUCUUUCACUCACUAUUGGAGUGCUAUCAACCCAUGCUAUGGGAUCUUUCUUGAGUUGGCAGCAGAAUGCCCUGGUAUGUUCCUUUAUAACCUUCACCAGUCUCCUUUUAAUUAUUUAUAGUCCAGAAUCACCGGCAUGGUUGAUAGCUAAAGGGAGGAUUAAAGAAGGAGAGGAAAUAUUCUUCUGGAUAAGAGGAAGGGACCCCGACCAAGAAGCAGAAUUUGAGAAGAUGGUGGAAGCGCAGACGAUGAAGCGGAAAUCCAGUGUCAUAGGUCAAGAACUGCCCUUCAAGAUAAAGGUCAAACGGUUUUUCACGUAUUUGAAGGAAACUUCAAAGAAACCGGAGUUCUAUAAGCCUAUAAUCAUAAUGUUCCUUCUGUACACGAUGUUCCAGUUCGCUGGUAUUAACGUGAUAAGUUCUUACACGACGGACAUCAUUCAUACGGUCGUGGGGCCGGACGCCGACGCUAAGUUCCUAAUGGUCAUGUUGGACGUCGAGCGACUCGUCUGCAACAUCAUCGCUGUGUUCUUCAUGAAAACAUUAAAACGGAGGACCUUAUUGUUCAGCAGCGGCGCGGUGUGCGUGUUAUCGUACGUCGGCAAGAGCGCUUACGUAUUCGCUAAACAGGCAGACAUGUUGCCAUUCGAUUAUAAAUGGAUUCCGAUCACCUUGAUUGGAUUGUACAUGUGUUCACUCACUGUUGGCAUAUCAUCAAUACCGUUUGCGGUGUCCGGAGAGAUAUUCCCAUUGGAGUACAGAGGUCUGGGUGGAGGAAUCAGCGUACUGGCUCUGUCCUUAAACUUCUUUAUCUCAGUUAAAUCAUUCCCAGUUUUAGCGCACGCGAUAGGACUGCCUAUAACGUAUUUGCUAUACGCCGGCGUAGUGGUGUUAUGUUUAGUCGUAAUUUACUUUACGAUGCCUGAAACUAAAGAUAGAACUCUUCAGGAGAUUGAAGACAGCUUCAGAGGUUACUCUCCAGCCGACCAGAAAAGUGCUGAACCAUUGAAUGGACCAACCAAUGGAGAACUAAGACGAUGCAGUUCUCACAUACUGUAUUAAAUCAAAUGUUAUAGUGCUGUGAAUAUACAAGGACUUUAAAUAUUUAAAGUUAGAAAUAAAUUUAGUGUUAAUCUCAGUAUAUUGUUGUGAUCAAAUAAAAGGCUAAUUUGUUUGGGA